UUUUAACUGGGAGUUAACCAAAUUGUGGUGAUUACGAAGUAUGUGAUAACAAAAACAAUAGAGAUAAGACCGUAUUUGUGAAUGGAAAAUUGUAAAAUGUAAAUAAAAUUUAAAUUGUAAUUUGUAACUCAUGUCCUAAUGAAAAUAUUUGAAUUGUUUAUUUCGUUUUAGAAAUGUAAAACGUUUGCUUUUAGUAUUCAGUUUAUAUCGAGUUUAUUACUUAAUUAUAAAUGUUUAAUACAGCUUAUUGUGACUAAUAAUUAACCUUUAACAUUGUUCUUUUUUUUAUUGACAACCAAUUUCAAUAUGUUGUCAUCAAGUGGACUACAGCCAUCCAAUCAUACAUUGAGGCUUGUGGAUAGAGAUCGGUUAGUGGCCCAACGUGUAAGAGUUAUACCUGACGAGAAGCUAAUAUGUAAGACAACAGAAACAGCCAAGCCUCAACAAAAUUUGUUGAAUAAUAUUUUUGAUUUGUCAACUGAUUUUGAUAGUAUUCAAAAUUCAAAUAGCGUUGAUCUACUUGACUUGGGUAAUAGUCAAAUGUCAACAUUCUUUCGCGAUAUUUCAGAAAAUCAAAAAACAUUGUACAAAGAAGAAAAAAAAACGGCCUCCACUAACUAUAAAACUAUAAAUGGAUUAGGAUUUUACUAUUGUGAUUCAUGUCUAUUUCUUUGUUUAAAUGUCAAAAUUAUUUUGGAUCAUAAUGAAAAAAAUCAUCUCUUCCAUAAUAAUUCUCUUAAAUCUCCACAGAGAAUAAAAUGUAUUGGAUGUGAUAAUAUAUUUUAUUCAGUAAAUGUUCUUCGAUGCCAUUUGAUUGAAGACCAUGCUGUCGUUUCUAAUGAAGUUGAUGGAUUAGUUCAACUUGUAAUUGAAGCUAAUAAUGAAGACAUUUUAUACAACAACGAUAAUGAUGAAAUAUCUCAAACUAAAAACAAUAAUUCAGCAGAUUUUAAUGAUACAAUACUGGAUACUUCUGAGUUUGGUCAUAAAUCACAUUUCAUUGACACACAAAUCCCAGGAGAAAUUAAUUCUACUGAAAAUUAUCAUUCGAAUGAUACUUGUGAUGAUUCUUGGGAGUAUCAAGAGCAAGCAUCCAACGGACUUCAAGAAACAAACACCAUUGAAGAUACAAAUAUUAUAGAAAAACAUUUAAGGUGUACCAUUGGAAAGUGCAAAGCUAGGUUUGGCACAGAAGACAAUUUGAUGUAUCAUAUAAAAUGCCAUUUAGACGAAAAAUUUAAAUGCAUAGAAUUCGAAUGCCAGUUUACCGAUUCAAAGUGGUUAUCUAUGAUGACACAUUUGUGGAAAACUCAUGGUAUAGACGUAGAAAUGUUCGGUUGCAGCCAAUGUGGAUUCAAAACGAAUAGUCUGUACAAAUUGAACACAUUUCAUAAAAACAUCCACAAACAAGAGAAACCGUUUCUGUGUCCGGUGUGUAAGAAAGGAUUUAAAUCGAUCAAACAGCUCAGGAACCACAAGGCGAUCCACGUGAAAAACGGGAGGUCGUCGCCAAAGGCUGAGCUGGUGUGCCAGCACUGUUGCCGCAACUUCAGCACCAAGCACUUAUUGUUCCAGCACAUUUCCAGCGUGCACAUCGGGGUGCGGCCGUACACUUGCGACAUCUGCGGGUACGCGACCGCCGUGGCCAGCUCGCUGAAGCUCCACCAGCGGUUGCACACCGGCGAGAAACCGUUCGCGUGCGACGAGUGCGGCUUCCGGACCGCUGACCACAACACCCUGCGCAAGCACAAGAUGCGGCACACCGGCCGCAAGAAUUACACGUGCCCGUUGUGCGACUACUCGUGUAUACAGGCCUGUUCCUACAAGAAUCACCUCAAGUCCAAACACCCGGGAAUGGACGACGGUUUCGUAUAUAGCUGUAACAUGUGCAAUUUCAAGACCAUUCGUAAAGAUAUAUACAUGCUACACAUUGUCAAACACAAGGAAGAAACUAUACAUAUUAAUGACACAUGUGACCCAAUCAUCGACUUGGACGAGAUGCUCAAUGAAAAAGAAAAAAUACAGGCCGAAAUUGUUGAACAACCGUAUUACCUCUUCAACACUAUCAGAGUUAAGCCAAUAAACACUAUAAACAACGAGACUGUAGAGAACACUAUCUAAAGCUGGUUUCAAUAACAAUGAUAUUUUGUUGGCAGACAAAUUGUGCAGAGGAUUUGUCUCAACAUUUUACCACCAGAGUGGUUCAAAACUAUUGUCGUUACUCGUUAGAGCAACCAAUCAAUUGUUAGAAAAAUUGACUGACUUUCUAAUAAUUGUUUGAUUUUAUCACUAUUUUAUUGAAAAUAAAUACAUUUUAAUUUUAAAAUCCAA